GCAUAAAUAGAGAUGCGUUUAUAUUCGAGUGAUUAGUGCGAAAAAGGCAUACGGGCUGAACAUUCGGCGCAUAAUAAUGUUGGUGAACGCUACGUUAUUGCUGCUCUUCUUGGGCACCGCCUCAAUGUAUAUAUUGAACGAGGAGUCCAAUACGAGACCUCUACCUUCCAACUGUGUCGAGGCAGUACGCUGGGCGGAUUCAAAAGCAAAAAGCGGCAUCUACCAAAUACGCUUACCGUUAGAUGGUUGGGCGAAUCGAUCCUUCUACGUUUACUGUUUACUCGAUCACAAGGGCGGUGACCCUUGGUUAUUGGUACAACGUAGACUGGAUGCAAAAAUUGACUUCUAUCGCAACUGGAAUGAUUACAAGAUUGGCUUCGGAAAUAUAGAAAGAAGUUUCUGGAUUGGUUUUGACAUACUGCAUGCGCUCACACAAGUGCAACUCAAUGAGCUACAAAUCGAAUUGCAUGAUUUCAACGAUACCGUUAAGUACGCUAACUAUGAAAACUUCGCUAUAGGGGAUGAGAACGAAAAAUACGCAUUGAAUAUUUUGGGAAAGUAUUCUGGGAGUGCAGGUGAUUCCUUACUGGGAUAUCACGAUGGCCAAAAGUUCAGUACAUACGAUCAGGAUAACGAUAGCGUGACGUCGAAUUGUGCGGAGUAUUUCAAAGGUGCCUGGUGGUACAGCAACUGCCACAACAGUAACCUAAAUGGCGAGUAUCUGAAAGGUACUCACAAAGAAAAAGGGAAAGGCAUCAUCUGGAAGUCAUGGCAAGGCUCUUAUUAUUCGUUAAAAUAUACGCACAUGGCUAUAAGGCCAAGAGAUAGUGCGGGCAUACGGGUGCAAAGGGCUUGACAGGAUAAAUGAAGAAAUAUACUAUAUCAAUAACAAUAAAUGUUACGCAAUUCCAUUUCUCUCGGAAUUGCAGUAAUUUUUAUUAAAUAAUUUCACUUUUUUUAAAAAUAAAAUUUUAAAUAAUUGACCUUUUUCUGAA